CAGUGUGGGUCAAGAGUCUAAAGUUCAGUCCCUCAGUAGCACAGUUGCGCUCGUGCUGCAGAUCUGUCUGCGAGUUAAGUCACUUCAAGAGCUACAAUGGCGCACUGCGCUGAGAUGAAGAAAGAUGAGCUUGAGAGGCAGUAUUCACCCAGCCGGUGGUCGCACAGGAUGUCGGCAGACGACGUGAUCAAGGCUCAUGUCAAGGCUUUAAAGGAAGGUACGGAGCGUGCUCGUGGUCUGGCUCAAACUUUGCUCAACGUGCCAUAUGGGGAGGGAGAUGGAGAGAAACUGGAUGUCUACAUACCCAGCACCAACUCUUUGGAUGUCCCCCUAGUUAUUUACCUACAUGGAGGCUACUGGCAGUUUCUCAGCAAGGAGGAGUCAGGAUUCAUGGCUGUUCCACUCGUUGAUAAAGGUGUGGUGGUGGUUGCCGUCGGCUAUGACAUUGCCCCCAAAGGUAACAUGGACCUGAUGGUGUCUCAAGUACGCAGGAGUGUUGUGUCGGUUGUUCAGCAGUAUUCUCACAUCAGCGGUCUGUACCUGUGUGGCCACUCUGCUGGGGCUCACCUGGCUGCAAUGGUCCUCUCCACUGACUGGUCGCAGUACAGCAUCACUCCUCAGAUCAAAGGUGCUUUCCUUGUCAGUGGCAUUUAUGACCUCCUGCCCAUCCUGUCCACCUACGUCAACGAGCCUUUGAAGAUGACAGAGGAGGUGGCGGUGAGGAACAGCCCCAGCAAGCUGGUCCCUCAGCUCAAACUCUCCUCCUCCAGCUGCCACAUCAUCGUGGCCGUCGCUAAGGACGACUCACCGGAGUUUCGCAGGCAGUCGGAAGAAUACUACAAAACUUUGGCGGCGUCAGGACUUGAUGUGAUCAUGGAGGAUGUGGCGGACACAGACCACUUCAGUAUCAUUGAGCAACUGGUAGAUGGGGAGUAUCACCUAACAAAGCUUCUCUUGGAGAUGAUGGGGAAGAGCUGAGGCGGAUCCAUCUAAUAUCAACAUACCUCUGUAUCAACAUACACCUCUGAACAGAGUCAUCGUGCACCAAUACUGAUAAAAUAUGCAUUAUUUCAGGGUUGUACAAUGCUAAAUGUACAAUAUCUGUCCAUUUUGAUUGAUCAACAAUAAGGUGGCAUGGAUUGUCUUUGACCCUCUAGUUUACUGUUUCAUCAGUUUUAUGUCUUUGAUCACUGCUGUCAGAAAAUGUCCUAAAUAAGCUUUGUAUGUUCCAACCACGUUCACAUGUUAUCAAAACAUUGUGUGCCUAAAACUGAGUCACUUCAAGGAUGGUGAUUAUACUACAGUAAAACCUGCUCAUAUUCAGCUGUAAACAGAUUAUUCAACGACCAUAGUGCACAAUGUUAUUGUCAGGAAAUACUGUUCCACCGGCAUACAAAAAGUUGUAGAACAGAGGGUUAGUUUUGGCAUAUUUCCAGUGUUUUGUAAAAGGGUGGGUCUGUCUGUUUUUUUUGUUUUUCUGUCCUGUGACAAUCUACACCACAACUUAAAGUCCAUGGGCAAGACAAGAAUUAUGUCAAGAGUGCUGACAUAUCAUACAAAGUGAAUGUAGCUUUAUUGUAACCUCCACAAUGCUGAUAUCUCACCGAGGGGACUUCAAUGAAAACUAUAUGUUUUGCACUUUUUAUUUGAUCCUAAUACAGUAGAAGAAUACUUAUAUUGAAAUGUACAAAGAACAAAUGGUACUAAAUUUAACUGACACACAUUGUUACUUACUGCCCUCAUUGUAGCAUCUUAAAUAAUUGUUUACACAGAGUGUUCUAUUAAUCAUGACUGUAGAUUAUAAAGAGAAUAAACACAAUAAAUAUUUAUAUUUGAGAA